GGGAGCAGAGGGAGAACUGAAAAUCUGCCCUGUCCUGCCUUGACGCUAUCUGGUGGCAACUUGGUGCCAAGAAAGCAGUUUGAAGUGAGUCGAGGAGUUUCACUUUGACAAAAGUAGUGUUUUGCCGCAGUCUUGUAGCAUCACUCGGCAAUUACAAACCUUGUAGGAGCUCGUCAACUCAUGCAGAAUUCCAAUGAGUUUGGGGUACAUUUAACUUUGCGUUUUUGCCAUUUUAAUCAUUUUUAAGGGGCGUAGCUACUCUUGGUGAUUUUUAUUUUUGAAUUUGUUUUUUUAUUUUGUAUACUUUUGAGACCUAACUUCCAACAAUAGCGAGGUUUUACUGUCGUCAUAUUUCCACAAGAUCGUACUGUCGUCGUUUGUGUUUCGUGAUCAUCCGGUAUCGCGAUGCAACGCAAUCAAUUCAUCCAGAAAAGAAACAAUCGGCGCCACGAAACCCUGACGUCUGGCUCCCUAUUUACAGCUUUUUCUCUCCUCGUUAUUUCCCAAAACGCGACGGCACCUCAUAUUUCACGGCCAAUUAAAGCGACGGCGCCCUAAUUGCGUGUUGAAAGCCGCGUCACCUUUCUCACGUCGCUUCAAAGGUUUUGUGGAUUUCCGUUGAGCUCAGAGGCUUUUUGGGGGGGAGGGCGCAAUCCUGCGAAGAAACAAAUCUUCCUUGACGGAGGUAACAAUGAAAAGGCAUCUGUCUGAUUGAGCUUGAUCAUUUUUGCACUCUGAAAAUUCCCAAAACGCAAAAUGGUUGAACUCCCAGUAAAGACGGUCUUCCUCCCUCAGGGAGGCCGCUCGUUCCGUUACGCAGCCCCCCCCCGCUUCGUUUUUCGCUCCGACCGGGGAAGAAGUGGGACAACCUGCCAGGCGUGCGGGGAGUGCGGUUAAGUCAGGAAAAGACACACAUCCGUUUUCUAGAUCCUCAGUUGUGUCGCGGUGGACUUUGGUGAGAGUAGCGGGGCGCACCCGAGACCGUUCGCCAGGCGAGAGACAAACGAUGGAUUGGUCACCCGCCGCUCUCGGGGCGCGGCGACCAAUCGUUGACCGGUCGCCAGUCAAUCACUGCCAUUCGCAGGUCAACUCUUUUUUGGGUCUUCAAAGAAGCGAAGUUUGCUGUUUUGGGGAAAAAAUCCGGAAUCCCCGAAGAAGUGGAAUGAUGGAGUUUGUUUGUGCCAGUCAAUGAUUCAGACCGUGCGCGCUUCUGCCACGUGCACGCGCAAUGGAGAGGAGGGGGCGGGCGCUUGAAGAGCGCCCUCCGAGCCCCCGCCCCUUCACCACUCCGCACCUUGCUCUCGAAGCGAGCGGACACGCGUGUGCGCUCCCUACGCGGAGCGGCGAACGGACACGAAAGACGAGAAGGAAAAAGAAAUCGUCCAAAUUUUGGGGGGGAAAUCAAGAGGAUAAAACACAUCACCAGGAGGAAGAGGAGGAUGUGAUGCGCGAAUGUGCCGGAUAGUCGUCCGUGGGGAGGACGCCCGUCUAUUAAUCAGCCUGCGCCUGUCCCCUCAACACCCAAAAAAAAAAAAAAAAAAAAAAAAAAAAAUAUAUUCCACCCAAAUCCGUUUUGUCCCAAUUUUGGAGCAACAUGACUUCUGCGUACAAUCUGGACUUCCUUCCUGACAUGAUGGUGCACGACAGCCACCUGCUCGUCCCCCCCGACCGAAUUAACGGCACGGCCGGCAAGAUGAACGGCGCGCUAGAGCAUUCGGACCAGCCCGACCCGGACGCCAUCAAGAUGUUCGUGGGCCAGAUCCCGCGCUCCUGGUCGGAGAAGGAGCUGAAGGAGCUGUUCGAGCCCUACGGCGCCGUCUACCAGAUCAACAUCCUGCGGGACCGCAGCCAGAACCCGCCGCAGAGCAAAGGCUGCUGUUUUGUGACGUUUUACACACGGAAAGCCGCCCUGGAAGCCCAGAAUGCACUGCACAACAUCAAGACCUUAACAGGGAUGCACCACCCCAUCCAGAUGAAGCCCGCAGACAGCGAGAAGUCCAACGCGGUGGAAGACAGGAAGUUGUUCAUCGGCAUGGUGUCCAAGAAGUGCAACGAGAACGACAUCCGGGUCAUGUUCUCGGCGUUCGGCCAGAUCGAGGAGUGUCGGAUCCUGCGGGGCCCCGACGGGCUGAGCAGAGGAUGUGCCUUUGUCACGUUUUCCACCCGAGCUAUGGCACAGAAUGCGAUCAAAGCCAUGCACCAGUCUCAGACUAUGGAGGGCUGCUCGUCCCCCAUCGUGGUGAAGUUUGCCGACACGCAGAAGGACAAAGAGCAGCGGCGUCUGCAGCAGCAGCUGGCCCAGCAAAUGCAGCAGCUCAACAGCGCCACCACCUGGGGGAGCCUGACGGGCCUGGGCGGACUCACCCCGCAGUACUUGGCGUUGCUGCAACAGGCCACCUCCUCCGGCAACCUGGGCGCCUUCAGCGGGAUCCAGCAGAUGGCGGGUAUGAGCGCGCUGCAGUUGCAGAACUUGGCCGCUCUGGCGGCGGCGGCGGCGGCGGCCCAAAACUCCGCCAGCCCGUCCACCGCCAACGCCCUGUCGUCCGGCGCCGCCUCCCUGGGAGCGCUGGCCAGCCCAGCGGGCGCCCCCGCCGGCGCCAACGCGGGCGCCGUGAGCUCGCUGACGUCGCUGGGCACCCUGCAGGGCCUGGCGGGCGCCACCGUGGGCCUCAACAACAUUAAUGCACUAGCAGGUAGCGUCCACAGUAUGGCGGCGCUCAACAGCGGCCUGGGCGGCGCCGGGCUGGCCAACGGCGCGGCGGCGGCCGCGGCGGCGGCCGCGGCGGCGGCGGGCACCGUGGACGCGCUGACGCAGGCCUACUCAGGGAUCCAGCAGUACGCCGCCGCCGCGCUGCCCACGCUCUACGGCCAGUCGCUGCUCCAGCAGCAGGGCGCCGCCGGAAGCCAGAAAGAAGGUCCCGAGGGCGCCAACCUGUUCAUCUACCACCUGCCGCAGGAGUUCGGCGACCAGGACAUCCUGCAGAUGUUCAUGCCUUUCGGGAACGUGGUCUCGGCCAAAGUCUUCAUCGACAAGCAGACCAACCUCAGCAAGUGUUUCGGCUUCGUGAGCUACGACAAUCCGGUGUCGGCGCAGGCGGCCAUCCAGGCCAUGAACGGCUUCCAGAUCGGCAUGAAGCGUCUGAAGGUGCAGCUCAAGCGCUCCAAGAACGACAGCAAACCCUACUGAUGCUAGCCUACACAUGCUAACAACAGCCCCGUUAGCACUGCUAGGAACUUCAUCUGUCGCCAUGCCUCGCUAGCGUGUCUCGCUGGCACCCACCCCCCCCAUCCCCCCCCCCCCAAAAAAACCCACAAAAACGUAAAAAUUCACCACGCCCACUGUCCAAAAAACAAAAAGAGUCUGAAGGUUUUAUCUGAGCCGAGCCCCCCUAUGCUGACGCCUACUGAACUUCUUCUUGGGAUAUCCACCUUUUGAUUGUUUUCUUUGUUGUUUUUUUGCAUGUGACCUCAACUGGAGGUCUGGAUGAGGUCAGAACCACAAAUCACCGUGAAAACGGACACAAAAGCUGCAUUCACUCAUCCCAAAAACAUUUUCUUUCUUUUUGGUGCCUUUGGAAGCGUUUGUGUUUGUCUUUUUUUCUGUCGUCCGCCGCUUCUUCUUUUGCGUGACGUUUGAGAAAACAUCUCGGCGAGUGAAGGGUGGCGCCCCCGUGUGGCCCGGCUUGAGACUACGUCCUUCCUCCCUUCCUCCCUUUGCUUCCUUCCUUCCUUCCUUCCUUCCUUCCGCACACUUUGGACUCGGAAGCUGUUGCGCAUCGAGACGUUUUUACAUUUUUCAGGCCGUGUAAAGUUUUUUGAUAAGGAGUUUCUCAUUAAAGUCUAUAUAUAGAACCACUUUUUCUAGAGUAGUUUCGAGGGGAACGACGACAACAACAAGGGAACGUAAAAAGACAUUUGGGGUGCGGGGAGAAAUGCUACCUACUUGUGUGACCUUGUGCUGAACUGACUCCCAGCCAGACAGACAAUCCGUGGUUUCAAUGCACAUGAUGAGAUGACCUAUAUUUUCUACUCUUUCCAUGUAUAGACGUACAACACCAAGAAAAGGACAACAACAACAACAAAGAAACAAAUGAAAUGUCAGCGCUUCUCGUGAGUUUAGUCCAUCAUCACAAGUCCAAGACGCGCUUAAUUGUCUCAUGUUUUCUUUUUUGGGGGUUUGUUUUGAAAGAAAAAAAGGAGUUUACUUGAAUCGAUGAAGCCUUCCUUCCACAUUUGUGUUGUUAUUUGUUUUUUUUCUGGAGGAUUUGCUUCACUUGGUGUCGUUUAAUUAGCUCGAGAAAAAUGAGUCAAAGCUAUAUAAAUCGAAAUAAAUCUAUAAAUCUAUAUAUCUAUCAUGUCAGCUUGUGGAGCAUCAAUGUCAUGAUUUGAUUUGUCUAUGUGGUUGGGAAAGAAAGUCCAAAUAUUUAGACGUGCGUUUUGUGUUUUUUGUCCUAUAACCGAGAUUUUAAAAAAGAAAAGUGAAGUUUAGUGCCAAAUUGGGAAGGAGCCGCUUCCCGCCGCCGCCGCCGCCGCCGCCGCCGUCGUCGUCGUCGUCGUUGUCGUCUUCUCUUGAUGAUUUGAUAACGUGUAUUUUCUUCUCAGUGUUUUCGUAUUUAAAAAGAAGUUUUCGAUUUCAAAAGAAAAAAGACUAAAGACUUUGUUAACUUGUGGUCUUGUUGCCUGAGAAAAACGUCAUGUUUGCUUUUUAGUUGGAUGGGUUUUUUUUUUUUUUAUCUUUGUAAAAAUGUACAAAAAAAGAAGUGCCCAUGUGUCAUAUAUAUAUAAAUAUAAAUCUAUAUAUAUCUAUAGACAUGUGCGCACGCACGCACACACUUGUGCAAGACCUCACUUUGUUGUUGUUGUUAUGAUUGAUAUUAUUAUUAUUGUUAUUGUUGUUGUUGUUGUUGUGCGUGAGAGCCCCUCGAGUGUGAACGCCUCCACCGGGACCACACGCACACACUCUGACUAACACAAACACACAAUCGCAAGCCUUAACACACAUACACACACGUGCACACACGGGUGCGGGUCGGAGCUCAGGUGCGUUCGUUUCGAUGCAAAGCACAGCGCAGGCGGGCGGUGUCGGUCGACAACCCCCCCUCUCCCCCCCCCCGACCUCUGACCCCAAAACUUCCCUUCGCGCCUAUUUGGGGGAGUCUGCAAAAACUAAAAAACAAUGGCAGCACUCUUUUCUACACAACAAACUCACCACUCGCCUUAAGCAGGGACGAUCACGACUUAACGGCCAGCUCCGUCGACGACAAAAAAAAGCUUUUUGUUUUUGUGUCCGACUCGGUUGAAGCAACCCUUUCGCACGCACUGAAUCCGCUUUUGUUCUCUAGUUCUCGGUCCAAGUUGUGCAUCAGUCAGGUAUCGAAAAGCAGGAGCUGUGUGAUGCGCAACUUUGACAUCCAAACGCGUUUUCAAUUUUUGUUCACGAAAGUGUCUGAUUCUCAACUUGGACUCGUGUUUAUAGAAUCCAACAAGUUUUGAAUUGGUUUCUGGAGUGACCGACGCACAGCAUCAUUUGUAAACUUUGUAUUUGACUAUUUUUUGGAAGCAGGCGUGCGAUUGGCUGACAAACAGGAAGUAAAGCGAGGCGUUCACUUGAUGCGUCCAAGCACAAACGCGGUCCCUGUGUGGGCGGCGGCUCCAUUUGCCGGGGGGCUCUCAUGCUGCUCGUAAUUUUGGAUCUCGUCAGUUUUCUCUGUUGGCCUUCCUUAAUUCAUGACGUCAUUAAUGAAGUGCUAUUUGUGGGAAGAAAACAAAAUCUGAGCUUGUGAUUUCUUUGCAUUUUGACUUGUGUUGAGUGUUUUAGAACAAAAAAUGUUUGUGUGUUUUUUGCCAAAUGACACUUGUUCACAUGAUGUUCUUUUUUUGAGUCCUCUCCAAAACUAAAAGAGUUUUAAAAAAACAAAAAACAAAAAAAACAAAAAAAUGGUUUUCUUCUUGGGUGUUUUUUUUUUGUUUUUGUUUUUUUGUUUUUUUUUGUUUUGUUAAAGAGAAGUUUGCGUGAUGUUUGUCUGUUUGACGAAGCCGGUGGGGGAAAAAACAACAACAUGACGACGACCAUGAUGAUGAUGAUGCAGGCUUUCUAUUUCUACAACUGAUUGUACUUACGCAUCAUUUUGUACCAGUGAUUCUUUUUAUACUGGACAUUAAAGGAUACAACCCAAAAAAAGAGAGAAAAACAAGCGCUGUCUGUGUGGCCCGAUCUGGUCAACAUUUGAUUUUUGAGUUACUUUUGCUUUUUUUUUUCUCUCUCUCUCUCUCUUCUCUCCUCUCUAAGGGUCGUGACCUUUCAUGGUGUGGUCAUGGCCGCCAUAUUAAGAGCUCGUUGGGUCUCCAAACUAUUUAUUGACCUUGAGUGGAUCCUUAUUGUUGUGCGUGUGUAUUAGUUUUCUGAAGACUCCGACUAAUGGGAGUACGUUUUCUUUUUCUGUCUGCUUUUUCUUCUUCUUCUCUGUGAACUGAGUGUGCCACCAUUCUUUUUGGAAAGGUUUGUUCUGGUGUGAUGCCGUUUUUUUGCUUCUGUCUCCUAUAUUAAACCAUUUUUGCAACUC